AAGCCUGAAACUUAACUAUCUAUGGGGGGACGAACAAUUUUGUUUUAUUAGGCAUAAAUCAAAAGAUCACAAAAAAGCCAUGGAAGUUCCACAAGUUCUUCACAUGAAUGGAGGAGAUGGAGAAGUCAGCUACUUCCAGAACUCAUCAUUUCAAAAGAAAGGAAUUUUAGCAGCCAAGCCAAUAUUACAAGAACGCAUAGCAGAGCUAUUGCGAGCAAACGCGCUGGAAUGUCUAAAAAUGGCAGACAUGGGAUGCUCUUCAGGGCCCAAUACUCUGCUCCCACUGUGGGAAAUCAUCGAAACAAUCGAUUCAACUUGCAGUAGAUUGAAUCAGAAAUCACCCAUUUUGCAGGUUUUCUUAAAUGAUCUUCAAGGGAAUGAUUUCAACACCAUUUUCAGAUCACUGAUACCCAAAUUCCAUAAGAAACUUGAGAAAGAGAAGGGCAGCAAAUUUGGACCUUGUUACAUAGCUGCAGUCCCUGGAAGUUUCUAUGGCAGACUCUUUCCACCACAUUCCCUGCAUUUUAUUCACUCUUCUUACAGCCUGCACUGGCUUUCUCAGGUACCUCAAGGGAUUCAACUGAACAAAGGAACUAUUUGCCUGGACAAAACAAGCCCCCCAAGUGUUCAUCAAGCAUAUAAGGAUCAAUUUGAAAGAGAUUUCACAAUAUUUAUGAGAUUACGAUCAGAGGAGAUGAUCUCAGGAGGUCACAUGGUUCUUACGUUUCUCUUACAGAGCAACAACAAUCCUCACUGCAAAUAUGGCAUCGAGAUUUGGCAAUUACUAGGUUUAUGUCUGAAGGAGAUGGUUGACGAGGGUUUAGUUGAAGAAUCAGCAUUAGAGACUUGCAAUCUUCCAUUGUAUGCUCCUUGUGAAGAAGAAGUAAGGUGGUUGACUCAAAGGGAAGGUUCCUUCAAGAUUUCAAGAUUAGAACAGUUCGAGCUGAGUUGGGACGUUGAAGAUGGCGACGAAGAAUUGGGUGGUGAUAAAUGGGAGAGAGGUAAGAUUGUAGGAAGCCGCAUGAGAGCUGUUGCAGAAUCCAUAGUAGCUAGUCAUUUUGGAGAUGCCAUUAUUGACGAUUUAUUUAUUAGAUUAUCUUUAAAGGUGUUAGAUUGCCUUGAAAAACGGACUGGUUUGUGCAACAAUGUAGUCGUUUCCAUGAUAAAGAAAUGAAAUUGGAUCUUGAAUAAUGUUA